AAAGUAACAGUGCGCAUAAUUUAGAUGACAAACCUUGCAAUUCAUUAAGGUGAAAGAUUCUGGAUUCUAGCUGCUUGCCAAAGAAAGAACACAAUGUCCAUUUUACAUCUCCUCAUCACGUGUUGCCUGGCAGCAGUAGCAUUUGCUAAGUACGACUGCACAAACAAUGGAGGUUACGGCUGUAAAUAUGGUGGCACGUGUCACUUCUAUGGCUUCUGUAUUUGUCCCAAAGGCUUCCAAGGUCACGAUUGCGGGUUAAAAACAGAAUUCAUUACCCCAGCUGCUGCCUGUACUGUCGACUGUAAAAAUGGCGGAACUUGCUAUGAGAACAACAGAUGUUUUUGUCAAGAUGGAUUCAUUGGCGAACAUUGCGAGAUUCCAUCCACUGUAGCCAGAUGUGCCCCCGACAAGAUGGUCAUUGAGGCGUACAGACCCCUUGGAUUUACAGGAGAGGUUUACAUCUAUAAGAACAGAAAAUCGUGCGCUUUAAAGCCUGUACCCUCAGAUAUGCCGGAUAUGAUGAAGCUGCAAAAAAUGGUUCUCCAUAGCGACAGGACCGAGUGCGCUCUCACACGUCAACCUGACACACCAAAGUUAGGUGAUGUAACAAUGAAAACCACCGUUGUGAGCACUUUCAACUACAAUCAGUUUGGACCACGUGACAAAAUUAUGGAACUUUCCUGUGUUCAUACAAAUAGUUUCCAAGGAACUUCAAAAGAAAUCACAGAAACAGCUUUCCCAUUCCGCAUGGUGGCGCUUGACAUGAAUGGAGAGCCAGUGCAAGCACUGGCUGCCAAUGAGAGCAUUAUUCUGCAGUUCGAACCUGUUGGUCUUCCAGAUGUCCGCGGUGUCAUGGUCGAGUACUUAGAAGUAUACAGUAUUAACGCCAACUCCAACGAAGUUGUCAGCAAAACCGUCAUUGAAAAUGGAUGUGUCUUAAGAACAGCUCAGCAGCACUUGGAGAUUCCCAUUAGAAAUUACUCUGAAAUGAAUCGUGCAGGGACUGGUUGGGUAGCUAGAGUCGCCAUGAAGGCCUUUAUUCUCUUGCCAGGAGAGCCAUUGUUAUUCAAAUCAAGAUUACGUUUCUGUCCUGGAAAAUGUCACGGAGUAACUUGUGGCAUGUAAUGCGCAGCUGAUGAUGAUAAAGAGGAACAGCAGCUUCUGUUUUAACAAUCAUAAGAAUAUUUAUUCAUUGUAUGACAUAAAUAUGUGUAUGUAUAUACACAACACACUGUGAUUUAAUACUGUUACAUGUAUCUUGCUAUAAAUAGUAUUUAUGGCUGAGAUACUUUUAGAAAAAUGCAAUUUCUAAGAAAAGUUCUUUCAAGAAUUAUAUCUUUUUUUCAAAAUGUGUUACAUCUAUACAACAGAACCAGUAUAUAGUGAGGCGUGUUUGGAUAUAAGUCUAUAUCGGAAGGAUUAUUUAAUCUCUUUUUAUCUCUUUUAGAAUUUUUUGGAAGGAAACUGUUAUUAAAAAUAAUUGACAAAAAUUAUUCAUUGCUAUUUCUCAAUAGCAUGAAUUCCUUUGAAUGUUUCAACUGAUAUGAAAUUCAAUUUUUUUAAGUACACUGACUGAUUCGUUUUUCAAUAAUUGAAGAUUAAAUAAAUGAUAAAAAUCGAGAUAAACGAAAAGCCGACAUCAUAGAAACGUGAAUACUGAUUUUUUUUUUAAAACACAAAUAUAACUCAGAGAUAAAUGCGAUCAAACAUAGCCAAAAAUUAAUAGAUAUUUUUUGUAAAAACAGAGUUUAUCCAUCCAAAUUUGCGCAAUGGAAUCAUCAUAAACAAUGAUGCCGUGCUGAAUAAUUAAUUUUUAGGUCAACAGAGCUAUUGCGACUCCUGCUUUUAAACUGUUGACAAACUUUUUUUUUCAUUUCCUGAAACAACUUAACCUAUUUCAGUUUAUAGUAUAUGGCACUUAGAGAUAUGAUGAAUGUUAAGGCGUUUCUUUUUACAUGUAUCUCUGUCAAAAAAUUCAACAUUUCCCAUUUCUUAUCUUUUCAAUUUUUGGAAAGAAAUUGCACACAAGUGAAGAGAAGAAACACCUGAGUUAGGGAAAUCAAGAUUUACAUCUAGUGAUUCAAUAAAGGUUGAAUACAUGUA